CAAACACAAAAUAUUUCCUCGGGGCAUCAGAAGGUUUAGUGCCGCCUCGACAUGGUAACAGUGUCAGAGUGUCAACACGAAGCCGCCUGAGAAAGUUUCGCCGCAGCUGUUGGAAACGUCACAAGGAUGGUGGACGAAGCGACAAGGAAGACUCUGGCCUCCAUCCCCCUCCUGAGGACAAAGGCCGGCCCCAGAGACAAGGAUGCCUGGGUUGUGCGCCUGAAGGAAGAGUAUCAGGCGCUCAUUAAGUACGUCCAGAAUAAUAAAGAAGCCGACAAUGACUGGUUCCGCCUUGAGAGCAACAAGGAAGGCACAAAGUGGUUUGGGAAGUGCUGGUACGUCCAUGAACUUUUGAAGUACGAGUUUGACGUUGAAUUUGAUAUACCAGUAACGUAUCCAGCAACAGCGCCGGAAAUUGCCCUGCCGGAGCUGGAGGGCAAGACUGCAAAGAUGUACAGAGGAGGAAGAAUUUGCCUGACGGACCACUUCAAACCCCUGUGGGCGCGCAACGUCCCCAAGUUCGGCAUCGCCCACGCCAUGGCUCUAGGGCUUGGUCCCUGGUUAGCGGUUGAGAUACCGGACUUGAUCAACAAAGGAAGUGUUGUUUAUCAAGAGAAAAAAGCAUAGGCUUCCUUAUGUGUAUUGUUGUCCUUUUGGCAAGUUGUAUAUUGGAGCAGGUUUACUUUUUUUUUAUUAUUAUUAAUUAAUAGCUUUUAUCUCAGACAUAUUUCUCUCUCUCUCUCUCUCUCUCUCUCUCUCUCUCUCUCUCUCUCUCUCUCUCUCUCUCUCUCUCUCUCUCUCUCUCUCUCUCUCUCUUUCUCCCCCCCCUCCCCCCCUCCUUCCCCUCCCUCUCUCCCUCCCUUAGCUUAUGUAAUUUUCAUAAAUGCAGAGGUUUAUUAAUAGUGUCCUUUGUUAAAUUUUAUAUGUAUCAUUUUAAUAAAUGUUUGCAUUAA